AUGGUGUCAGGGGCCCAUGCUCUGGACACCCCGAACCUGCCCGAGGACCUGCCUCCUGGACUCCCAGCACAUAUCAAUACCACGUUCUUCAACGGCGGGGUUACAAAUGUGGACAGCGUCGCCCACAUUUUUGACUGCCUGGGCCCCCACUUCACCUGGCUGCAGGCUGUCUUCACCAACUUCCCCGCGCUGCUCCAGUUCGUGAAUGGGAUGAAGUGUGUGGCUGGCCUCUGCCCUCGGGACUUGGAAGAUUACGGCUGUGCCUGCAGGUUUGAGAUGGAAGGGCCACCUGUGGACGAGACUGACAGCUGCUGCUUCCAGCACCGCCAGUGUUACGAGGAGGCCGCCGAGAUGGACUGCCUCCAGGACUCGUCCAAGCUUUCCACCAGCAUUGACUGUGUCGGCACACGCAUCUCCUGUGAGUCCCCCGACCCUUGUGGGCACCUCCUGUGCACCUGUGACAAAGCCGCCAUCGAGUGCUUGGCUCGUUCCAGCGUCAACUCCUCCCUGCGCCACCUGGACACCUCCUCCUGUCUGGCUCACACUCCAGAGACAAGCAGCACAAAAGAGCCGGCGACCCUCUCGCCCAGCGUGGUCCCUGAGGAGUCCCCGGACCCCAGUCUGGCAGCGCGCUCAGGAGAAGACCCUGGCCGGGAUCAGGGCGCCACGGAAGCAGCCAGGACCACAGCCCCUGUGGGGUCUGCGGAGGUGGUUGUCACCGGGCAAGAAGUCACCAUGGUUCCUGCUGGUGUCAAAUCUCUGGGGCUGGAGAUGCCAUCGUCCCUCAAAAGUGGUCCUGAGGACACACGGACACAAGCCUGCAACAGGCUCACAUUCCUGCACCUGGGAAGUGGCCACCGUGUGCAGGAGAUGCCCGAGCUGGGACAGAUGCUCUUUUGCCUGACGUCCCGGUGCCCGGAGGAGUUUGAAUCUUACGGUUGCUACUGUGGGCAAGAGGGCAGAGGCGAGCCCAGGGAUGCCCUGGACAGGUGCUGUUUGUCCCACCACUGCUGCCUGGAGCACGUGAAGAAGCUGGGCUGUCUGCUUGGGAGGCCUCCUCGGGCACACGUGUCGUGCGUGGAUGGGGCAGCCAAGUGUGGGGGUCAGAGCCUCUGUGAGAAGCUCCUGUGCGCCUGUGACCAGACGGCAGCUGAGUGCAUGGCCUCCGCCUUCUUUAACCAGAGCCUCAAGUCCCCCGGCCAACAGGAGUGCCAGGGCCACCAGGUGCGCUGUGAGGACACACCUGGAGGGCUCGCAGCAUCCUCCGUAGGCUCCAGCUCCGAGGAGAACAGCUCUGAGGAUACUCCCCUCACGCAGCGGCCAAGAAGAGCCAGAUCUGUGUGGAAGUCACUGGACCCCUUGGGGACCAGGCCACGCCACGGGAAUGCCCAGUAG